GUUGAACCAGCAUACUUUUGCGACCACCCCAAUAUCAGUGCACUUCAGAUAUUGACCGCAGACAUGGUUACCAAAUCCAAACUCAAGCUUGCGCUCGCGGCCGAGAAGGGCAUCGACCUCCGCAAGGUCAAGGAAGAGCGCAAGAUCAAGGCGAAGCACCGCGAAACCGCCAAGGAGCAGGAGAAGAAGAAAAAGAAGAACAAGGGCGUCGAAGAGGAUGACGAGGACGAGGAGAUGGAAGACGAGGAGGAAGAGGAUGAUGCCUCUGUCAUCUCUAUUGAGGGUGGCAUCACUUUGAACGCAGACUUUGAGGAUGCCGACUCAGACUCCGAGGAUGAUGAGGAAGAUGAGGAAGACGAAGAAGACAAGCUCGACAUCGAAGCAUUGGACGACACAGAUAGUGACAGCGACUCCGAUAUCGAGAUGGAAGCAAAGAUCGAGCGCCCAUCCAAGAAGGCCAAGACACCAACAGAAAUCGUAGAGAAGGACGGCGAAUCAGAUGACGAGGAGGACUCAGAGGUUGAUCCCGAAGAGGACGACGUUCCCAUGUCGGAUCUCGAAGGCGACGACGAAGACCUAGAGGACAUUAUCCCCCACACCAAGCUCACCAUCAACAACAAGACCGCCCUCCUGGCCUGCCUGAAACGCAUCCAGAUCGACACCUCCUCCACAGCCUCCUUCACAUCGCACAUGACCGUCGUCUCCUCCAAACCCACCAACGAGGCCGUCCCCGACGCCCAAGAUGAUCUUCAGCGCGAGCUCGCUCUGCUCUCGCAGUCUCUCGAGGCCGCGCGCAAGGGCCGCUCGCUCCUGAUCAAGGAGGGCACCCCGUUUUCCCGCCCCAAGGACUACUUUGCGGAGAUGGUCAAGGACGACGGUCAGAUGGAGAAGGUCAAGGCCAAGCUUAUCGACGAGGCCAGCUCCAAGAAGGCCGCCGCCGAGGCGAGAAAGCUCAGAGACCUCAAGAAGUUUGGCAAGCAGGUGCAAGUCGCCAAGUUGCAGGAGCGCCAAAAGGCCAAGAAGGAUACGCUCGACAAGAUCAAGACACUCAAGAGGAAACGUCAAGAAAACUCUUCCAACCUCGACACGCGCGAGGCCGACCUCUUCGACGUCGGCGUCGACAACGAGAUCAAGAGCCACACCAACUCGGACGGCAAGCGCGGCGGUCGCGACGGCGGCCGAUCCGGCAGCGGCGUCAACGCCAAGCGGUCCAAGAAGAACGAAAAGUACGGCUUCGGCGGGAAGAAGCGCCACGCAAAGUCGGGCGACGCCGUGAGCUCCGGCGACCUCACCGGGUUCAACGCCAAGCGCAUGAAGGGCGGCGUCGGCAAGAAGCCCCAGCAGCGGCCGGGCAAGAACAGGAGAAAGGCCAUGAAUAAGUAAACGGGGAAAAAGAGAAAUCACUGUCUUCUGUAGCGUAAAAAUGGGGGAUGGGGGAGGGAGGGGACUGGAAGGAGGAGAGUCUGUAAACCAAAAGCUAGAACGGAGGAGCGAAAUACCCUUCGAGUUCGAUGGUAAUCCACAAACGAAAU